AUGCAAGCAGUGGAACAUCUCCGGCGCACGCUCGGAGCCCAUCGCCAGGUGAAAGUCCGGCUUCUUGCCCUUCAGGACGUGCAUGAGGUGAAUUGGGAGAUGAGCAGGAUGCCGCCGCCGACAUGCCUGACGCAGCAGCCCCGCGGCUUCGACCAGUUCGCGCUGGGCCAAAUUCUCAGCGCCAGAAGCGUCCACGCGAUGCAACCGACGGCGGCGACGGAAACGGACCCGCUGAGUACCCGCCUUCACCACCGCCUUUUACCCACCCGGCGCCUCGCUUAUUUUGGUCUCUUGCAGCCGCCCCGAAAGGCCACCGGCAGCCAAAAAAAUAAAAGAGAGCAGCAUGCGUCCUCAACUGCACAACGCUGCAGCCGCCACACGCACAACUGCCGUAACUCAAAGCACCGCGGCACGCCCAACACCCCCCCCCCCUCCCCUCUCCCUCCCUCGCCCUCCUUUAGCUCCAGGGGCAGUUAA